GGACAAUAGAUAAAACUUAGUACUUACGGCUACUUUUAUAACGAUUCACUAUGAACAGAUAUCUACGUUUGAUUGUAAUAAUUAUUACUUUCCAUACAUAUGAGACAUUUGGAAGUGAUUGUCCCAUUGGCUGGCACCACUUAUAUCGAUCAUGUUACAUGUUCAGUAAUGAUGCCUAUGAAUGGGUACUCGCUGAGAGUAGCUGUCGUGCACAUGAUGCAAGACUUGUAGAGAUAGAAUCCCAGGAACAGUACAGCUAUUUAGUAAAUUCAACACGUUCGAUUGGAGCAGACGUGAAUUAUUGGAUCGGAGGUCGUGAUGACAUAGUUGAAGGAAUAUGGAAAUGGGCGUUUUCUAACAGUAAUUUUAGUUACAUUGCAUGGGGACCUGGUGAACCAAACAAUGGUCAUCAUGGACACGAGGAUUGUGUAUUAAUGGAAAAUGGGUUAUGGGACGAUAGGAGAUGUUCGGAAUCACAUAACUUCAUAUGUGAGAGAAAGUAUCCUGAGAGUGUGACUGAAUCUAUACCAUUGGUUCCAAGCAUUAUUGGAUAA